CUCCGAGACCAGGAAAAGUGGAAGAGGGACUCUUCCCUGCCCUCGGGCCACGUUUUGGCCGCAGCCGUUCUCGUCGCCUCUGGGUGGGGUAGGCUUCCCCUCGUUGCUGCCGGUCGUGCCCCUUCUGUAGCGAGCUCUGCGGCCGGCUCGGCUCCACGCUGAGUCACGACGACACCGAGAAAAAAAAAAGUAAAUCAUGCAAGGAAACGACCCCUCCGGAUAAAGUGGCGCCGUCCAGUUAACAAGCCUUUGCAGAGAGAAUGGCUACUUUUAAAAGAAAUCUCAGACAAGAAUUGGUUUCCCAGUUUCACUCUUUAGCUGCUGAAGGAAACAUCAGCAAGUUACCAGUAUUGCUCAGUCAAUAUCCAUUUCUUAUAAAUGAAACUUCUGAAAAUGGUUGGACUGCCCUAAUGUAUGCUGCAAGAAACGGGCAUCCACAUAUUGUUCAGUUUCUCCUGGAGAAGGGCUGUGACAGGUCCGUUGUCAAUAGAUCAAACCAGACUGCACUGGAUAUUGCUAAGUUCUGGGGCUAUAAGCAUGUAGCUACCUUACUCUCUAAUGCCACGGGUGUACAGAAACCAUUUUUCCCACUCGAUAAGAUGGAGAUAUAUGAAAAUUAUUUUAGCAAGACUCUCCUAGACAGGAAGAGCGAGAAACGAACAAAUUUGACAUGGCUAUCAAUUAAACAAAAGCAUCCAGACACAGUCUAUAUCCUUUUCUCAGAUUUAAGUCCAUUGGUUACAUUGACUGGCCAACAGCCAGAAGUGAAGCUUUGUCGCUUGAACUACAUAGAUGUACAAGAUUAUUUAACCAAUCUUGAUAAUGUUAACUUAGUUUUUCUUGGGGUAGAACUUGGAAUUAAAGAAGAAUUAAUUAACAAGAUGGUUGGGGAAGACCCAAACAAGGAGGAGGAGGAUGGGUUGGUUGCUUGGUUUGCCCUUGCUAUAGAUACCAUCACUGCUAAAGAGUUUAAACAAAGAUAUGAAGACUGUUACUUCCUUCAUCCUCCAAUGCCUGCUCUCCUACAGUUGAAAGAGAAAGAAGCUGGGGUCGUAGCUCAAGCCAGAUCUGUUCUUGCCUGGCAUAGCCGAUAUAAGUUUUGUCCAACAUGUGGAAGUGCAACUAAAAUUGAAGAAUGUGGUUAUAAAAGGGUAUGUUUAAAAGAAGAUUGUCCCAGCCUUCAAGGAGUUCACAAUACAUGCUACCCAAGAGUUGAUCCAGUAGUAAUCAUGCAAGUUCUUCAUCCUGAUGGGAACAAGUGCCUUUUAGGCAGGCAGAAAAGAUUCCCUCCUGGAAUGUUUACAUGCCUUGCUGGAUUCAUUGAACCUGGGGAGACAAUAGAAGAUGCUGUUCGAAGAGAAGUAGAAGAGGAAAGUGGAAUCAAAGUUGGCAGUGUUCAGUACAUCUCUUGUCAGCCUUGGCCAAUGCCCUCUUCCUUAAUGAUUGGUUGCUUGGCUGUUGCUGUGUCUACAGAAAUUAAAGUUGACAAGAAUGAAAUAGAUGAUGCCCGCUGGUUCACUAAAGAACAGGUUAUGGAUGUUCUCACAAAAGGAAACCAACAGUUGUUCUUUGUGCCACCAAGCAGAGCUAUUGCACACCAGCUAAUCAAACACUGGAUCGGAAUGAAUUCUAACCUUUAAAUUCAGGAACCUGGCUUUGCAGCACAUUAUUUUGCUUCUGAUUGCUGAUUAAUCUUAAGUCAAUUAGAAAGAUUUGGUGAUCUUCUAAAGCAUCAAAACACAUGAUUCAUUGUGGCUUUUGGGAAUUUUAUCUGAGUGUUAUCCAUCUUAGGAGCAGAAAACAGAAUUAAUUUCUAUGUAAGUCAUACAUUGCCUCUCUCUAGUGAAAGAUGUUUUCCUUGUAGUAAAGAAGCAUGACUUUUAGGUCAUGAGAAUAAAGAUUAAGGAUUCAAAAACCAAAUUCUAAUCUUGGCUAUUCUAGUCUUAAACAUUAAAAAUGCAUUUCAUUUCUUCAUCUCAGAAAUGAGAAUAUACUGGAGAUGAUUUUCAGUGGGAAAUAGUUUAUUUUACAUUUUCAUCUUUUUUUUUUACUAUAAAAUGCCUUGCAGUGUCAUCAGAUUUUCACCUAAUUAUUCAUCAGAUUGUCCCCCACACAUACACACACACGCACACACAUGAAAAUUCAUUUUAAUAGCAAAAGUUGUUGUUAAUAUUCUAGUAGUUUGGUCUAGUCUAACAAUUUUUAUAGACUAAGAAUAACCAGUGUUGCUAAUGAUCCCAGAGUAUCAUGUUAUCUUUCAAGAAGAGUUAUUCAGAAGCAUAACUCUGUAGAACAUAAUUCAAAUCUUGAAGUGAACUGAGGGACAUAGGUGUCCCUAGGGGAGAAAUACUUUAUAUAAAAUUUGAAAUGAAAACAAUUUCAAAAAGGCUAUAAAAUAAGUUCUUGAUAAAUUUGUCUAUAUAAUGAAAAGGUACAUAGGUAUUCGGGUGUAUAUUAUAAGAUGUUGCCAUUAGUUGGAAAAAAUCAUAAAAAUGUUUAUUAAAAUACACAUUUCAACUAUUUAAAAGCAUUCUAAAGAUGUAUUUAUACACAAAUGUAUUUUAGUAUCUAUUUGGGAGACUUCAUAGAAUUUAGAGUUGGAAGAGACAUAGUAAUCUAAUCAAACCUCUUCAUUUUACAAAUGUAGAAACUAAGAUAUAAAGAAGGAAAGUGACAUGCUGAAUGUCACAUAGAUAGCUAGUGGCUAUCUAGGAUUUGAACCCAAGUUCUUAUACUGAUUCACUGUUCUUUCUAAAAUACUGUGUUGACUUCUGAUGCUGCAAUAUUGUAAUAGUGUACAUUUUGACACUUUUAAAUUUAGAUGUUAUGCGUCAUCUUAAAGUACAGCACUAAAUACAUUUUGAAAUUGUUUUAUAAAUCAAUUUAGAAAAAUGCAAAAUUUAAAUCACAGGAUGUGACUUCCCUUUCAAGAUCUAGAAAACAGACUUUAGAAAAUGACUAAUCCCAAAUCAAGAGAGAUUAAGUGACUUAACUAGAUGAUGAAGCUGAGACUAAAUCCAGGACUGUUGAAAUUUCUAGAAUACCUUGAUGAUAUUUUAUACUUGGUGCCUAUUAUAGAGAAGAUAUACAGACUAAAUUAACACCCAAAGAACAGAUGUCCAGAAAUUAAAAUGGAAUUCCCUUCUCUCCAAAAUCAAAAUACAAUUUUCUAAAUUUUAGUUAUUUAUAGCGUACACAAUCUAAAUAAGAGUUUUUUUAGAAAAAAAAUAAUUAUUAGCAUUGUUUGUCUUAGUAAUUGAUAUAAAAUUUUAACAACAUAAGUUUAAAUCUAAAUUAAAACUUACACAGUACAUUCCAAUGCCUAUUAAAGAUAGGCUAUAGGAAAUGAUUUGUCUUUACUAUAAAUUGUAGUGAAUAGAAAUAAAUUUUCCUUCCAAAUAGUAAGUUCUGAAAAUAAACUGAUAUUUUGACUGAUACUUUUAAUACGUGCAGAUUCUAAAGGUAUUUGCUGCAAAUUAUGAUUUCCAUAAAGUUUACUUAAGAAUGUUAGACAGCAUAAGUUAAUUAUUUUAAAGAUGCAAUUAUAAGAUUACAAAUUUGGGGAUAUUUUCUCAGGGAAAAUAAAUAUCUGAGUAACUUUUAUAAUUAUUCUUCAGUUGUCCACCUCUGAGAGGUGAAAAUCCAAAUGUAAAAAGCAAUGUAGCCAAUUUAAAAAGGAGUAGGCUGUGUAAGUAGCAUAUAUGUGUUGUUUUAAAUGUAUGUAUUAAUAUAUUAAAAUAUUUACUCAUACAUUUC